AUGCCGCCGCGGAGCUCCCUAAGUGACGGGAGCAAGGUCGAUGCUCUGCAGGGCCAUGGCCUGCAGAGCAUGCAGAGCAUGUCGGAGUCGGAGGUGGUGACUGCCGGGCCGGCGCUCGAGGCGUUAAUGCAGCUUUGCCACGAGGGCGCUUCCCUGAUGGCCCUACGGACCGCGAGCCGAAGUUUCUGUGGCGCAGCAGAGAGGGUGGGGCGCACAGGGAAUUUGCCAAGAUGGCCACUGGUUCUGAUGAUCACUGUGGAUGAGUUCGUCAGUAAGCACCGACCUUCCGAGCCCGAGUUUGUGAUCGAGUUCGAACGUGGCGAGACGGCGAGCUGCAAUUACACAAUCCACAGAUGCACGCAGGAGGAUCAAUCCCAGAAGGAGCGAGUCCAAGUGCCUCAUGCACAGGUCGUCGACUUCGUUCGCAAGCUGGGACGGAUACGACAUGGCCUGGGCGUGGAAAACCGGCUCUGGGCGCUCCCAAAGCUGCAGCGCAGAGCGACGCUGAACCUGAACAUGACGCCCGAGGAAUAUGCCUGGAGCAGCAUGCAGGUCGCAAUGCAGUGCGAUCCUCGAGCUUCGAAGCGGCUGGUCGUGCUGGACGCACAGAAGAAGGUGAUGCUGAAGCACACCUUCUUGGAUCCAGAUUAUGUUUUGCCUCAGCCUGGCCGAGGAGUCUUCCGCAAGAUCGACAGCAAAGGUAUUCACUGCGACCGUGUGCAUAGAUGUCUGUUGCGCCAAAUCCGCGACCUCUGUGGGAACCCGAAUGCCAUCGUCGAUAGUUGCAGCUUUGCCUUGAACCCUGCCCUGCCGAUUGGGCUGCCUUUGGCCUGUGGCGGGUUCCAGUCUCUGCCAGACAUCUUUGCCGACUGA